AAUAAUAUGUGUUUCUGUUCUGUUCACUGUUUACUGUUUAGGUUAAAUUAUUAUACUUAAGUAGCCCUACUAUGGGACCUUUAAGAAAGAACAUUAUAUCUUUUAAAGGAAGUAACUAUCUGAGACAAAGGCUUGUGCUGUCUGUGCUUAGUGGGAAAGCCAUAAAUAUUAGUGAAAUUAGGGCUCAAAGUGAUGAACCUGGUUUACAAGAAUAUGAAGUGAAUCUGCUGCGGCUGUUGGAUAAGCUUACAAAUGGAACAACCCUAGAAAUAAAUGAAACUGGGACAGAAUUUGAUUUUAUGCCUGGAGCCCUGAUUGGUGGAACAUUGGAGCACGAGUGUUGCAAACAGCGAGGGAUUGGGUACUAUCUAGAGGUAGUUCUUUCUUUGGCUCCGUUUUGUAAAAAAGCGCUGAGCAUUACGCUUCGAGGAGUUACAAAUAAUGAGAUGGACCCCUCUGUAGACUUGUUCAAGGCAGCUGCCCUACCAAUUCUCGGUAAAUUCCUAGUGAUCAGCUCAGAUCUGACGCUGGUCAUCAACAAGCGGGGAAUGGAGCCGGAGGGAGGUGGUGAAGUUGUACUGAAUUGUCCAGCAGUGCGACAACUAAGACCAGUUCAGGUUAAGGAUAGUGGAAAGAUCAAGCGGAUCCGAGGAGUUGUGUUUGCUCUCCGAGUAUCGCCCAGUAUUGCCAACAGAAUCGUAGAAGCUGCGAAAGGUGAACUGCUGCACUUCCUGCCAGACGUCUUCAUCAGUGUUGAUCACCGCAAGGGAAAACAAUCCGGAAAAUCUCCUGGUUACGGUGGAUGUAUAUAUGGGGAGAGUACAACCGGAGUAGUUUUGACAGGAGAGACUGCGUCUCGUCCUCCCCCCUCCCCUCCGCUCGCUCCAGACGACAUGGGUCGACAGCUGGCCUGGACCUUGCUGGAGGAGGUAUCUCGUGGGGGAUGUGUGGACUCCAGUUUUCAAAGUCUAGCAUGUCUAUACAUGUCUCUGACGCAGAAAGAUGUCUCACAAUUUGUCUCUGGGCCUCUAUCUCCAUACACGAUAUCAUUUCUACGGCAUCUCCGGACAUUUUUUGGUGUCACUUUCAAAUUAGAGCCUUACCAAGAGGAGAAUGAAGAAAACCUGAGGACGGGGGUAAAUAAAGUUUUACUUACCUGUCUCGGAGUCGGUUACAACAAGCUUGUUUGAAUAUGUAAUAAAUAUUUUUUUAUCAAACAUUUAA